AUGGGAAAUGAAGCUUCCCUUCCUGAUCUCUGUUCUACAUUUGAUGUGGAGGAAAUAAAGCGUCUGGCUAAGAGGUUUAAAAAGUUGGACUUAGAUGGUUCUGGGUCACUGAGUGUGAAGGAAUUCAUGAGUUUACCGGAAUUGCAACAGAACCCUCUAGUGGCGAGAGUUAUUGAAAUUUUCGAUACGGAUGGCAAUGGAGAAGUUGACUUCAAGGAGUUUAUCGAUGGGAUGUCCCAGUUCAGCGUUAAAGGAGAGAAGGAAGCUAAACUAAGAUUCGCUUUCAAGAUAUAUGACAUGGAUAAGGACGGAUACAUAAGCAAUGGCGAAUUGUUCCAAGUGUUAAAAAUGAUGGUUGGAAAUAAUUUAAAAGAUACACAAUUACAGCAAAUAGUGGACAAGACAAUUAUGUUUGCAGAUAAGGAUGGAGAUGGUCGAAUAUCGUUUGAAGAGUUCUGUGAAGUUGUCAGUGGAUUAGAUGUACACAAAAAAAUGGUAGUCGAUGUUUGA